AUGUGGGAUGAAUCAGUGCAUUCUUUGGUGGCCUAUAACAGAGGCAUAUUAAGUGGUCAACGAGUGCUGGAUGUUGUGUAUGAGGAGUUACAGUGCCGCGGUGUUUUAGAAGCUUCCCGCAUAAGAGGCCUUGUCGAUGAAAUCAGAUGUAAGUACCUUUAUCUCGAUAAAUCACUGUUGUUGGCGGUUAGCAAUACAGCAGCUAUUUUUACCAUAGGCUAUCGGCAGUUUUACGAUGCGGGGAGUGACGAAGAAGAGGCUCUCGCUGAGGCAACGAGAGCUGUGGAGGAAACGGAUCUAGAGCGUCAAACCGCCCACUACCAACUGCAGCACGAGGAGAGGGCUGAGGUAGAGCCUAGAGCGAGCACCUCGGCAGCCUCGGCCGAGCCGAUACCGCUGCAGCCUGAGUCUAAUGACGACGAGGCGUCGACUAUUCUCAACCCCUCCUUGAUGUUUAGCGAUCGGCCUGGUAUUUUGGCUGUGUACCGGCAAGCCAGAGCUAACGAUGACGACGGAGCGAUAGCGGGCCCAUCGUAUCACCACCAUCGUCAGCAAGAAGAUGACCUCGUACAGCCCGAGAAUAAGCUGGGGGUGUAUCCGAUGGAUGCUCAACAGGAGGAGGAGGAGGAGGAGCGUCUAAACGAGGAGCAAUUAGACGCUAGACGCUUCGGCCUAUGGUUUCAACAGCUGAUGGAGUGUGAUUCAGGGUACUCGUCAGUUGACUCGUCAGCUGACUCGUUAUUGGCGUACCGCGAUUAGUACCAGAUAUGCAAACGGGCGGGGGAAGAACGCGCAAUACACAGGGGAAUGAGGCUUUCGGGGAUGUGCAACCCCCGGGAGGGCGGAUCAUCAUCACACACGAUACAGCCCGUUAUUUCAAACGUUUUCAACUACGUGGUCGGGAGAUAACAUUGCGUAUCCGCCAGCCUCACGCUGGUACAAACGUGACAGCAUGGCUUGAAGGAGCAUUCCGCGAUCUUCUGACGCAUCUCACGAGUCACUGUGAGGGUGGUGACUACGCGGGGAUCUCGUUCUCCGCGAGCAGCAUAGCGCACGGCCCCGUUUGGCUUUCAUUCCGUCCUGUCCGCGUCUAUGCAUUUGUAGAUAUCUGGCAAUUAAUAACAAA